AUGGCUAAUGGUGUCGGCUUCUACUCGAAAAGCAUGCACCAUUACCAGCAAGCGUGCCGAGAGAACCCAGAGUUGUCGAUCAACGACGAAAAGUUUCAGCAGAGGAUUAAGACCAUGGUGCAGGACUUCAACUCUCUUAGGGGUGGAGAAGGUAAUAGCAGCACCCUUGUUCCUUCCUUUGAUAUCAUAAAGGAGGCGACCAUAUGCAUACGCGAGAAUAACAAGAAAUGUGCUGACGAGAUAUUGGCCUACAACCAAGACUUAGGAGUCAGCACCCAAAUCCUCCCAAUGGUCUCGAGCUACUUCGAGCUUUGCCAAACGACACGGGAUGUCUUACUUAGGUUGCAGGUACAUCUUUGUUGCACCAUAAACAAACUGAUGGCGUUCCGUGGUGACCGGCCUGUGGAUGAGAAGGUGAGGGAAGCAGUCACAUGCGCCGAGGGUGCCGUGGACUGCUUCUUUCUCUCGCUUUCCGGUCUGAACCAGAAGCACGUCCAAAUGCUCCACAAGCUGCAGCAGGUGAGGGAUGAGGAAAUGCUAACCAGAGCAGGGAGGGCGACGAACCCAAAGAUUCGAAGAGUAAUCAGGAUCAUGCUCUGGACUGUGUUCACCGGUGUCGUGAUCUUGUCGAUAUUGGCAGCAUUCCCACAUGCACCCCAAGUUCUGGCAGCGCUCUCGAUGGCGGUCAACAGCAUAUACGGUUGUGGUCCUUUCGUCAAAUGGGUGGAAGGUUUUUGGGCUACAACCAAGGAAAUAGAAGGGGUGGACACGAGGGAGAAGAGAAUCAUUGUGAUUCGAGAACUGGAGGACAUCAAACUUUUAAUGGUAUGCAAUAGGGAAAGUCAAAGCUGUGUUGAAGACACUGGCUGA